CGCCGCCCGUUUCAAAAGGCCUAUUUUAGGCUUAGACCACCAAUAUUGUGCGGUGGCGGAAAUUAGCGCGGCCAUGGGUGCAGGCCCAUGCUCACCACCACAGCUCCGGGAAUCCAGCGGGCGGCUACCAGGGAUCAUGAUGCUUGUUACUAAAAGUAUAACCGACCUAUAGAUUAGGCCAGGUGUAUAUAUGCCUGGCACUGGCGCCACCCACCGUGGUGAUUGCUCUUUGUGUUCCUUUUGGCCAUCAUCCUGUCUUAAGCUGUUAUUUUUUUCCCCGGACCGUCUGUCCGAUUACAUUCGUUCAUCAUGCAGCUCAGCUUCAGCACUACCGCAUUCCUUCUUUUGGGCGCCGUUCAAGGCGUCCUCUCCGACCAUAUCAAGGUUACUGGCGCUCCCGCCUCUUCUGAUGGCUCUGUGCCUGUGAGAAGAAGUAUUACCCAGCUUCAGGAGGAAGCCGGUCCUCAGUGGGAUCUCUACAUCCAGUCUCUGCAGGAAAUGUACGAUGCCGACUCUUCUGACCCGCUGUCUCAAUUCCAGAUUGCUGGUAUUCACGGAAGACCCUUUGUCGAAUGGAACAACACCGGACGCUCAACAACCAACGGCUGGGGAGGCUACAGCACUCACGGAGAACCUCUCUUCCUCACUUGGCACCGCCCCUUUGUUGCGCUCUUCGAGCAAACCCUCGUCAGCCAUGCCAAGCGUCUUGCUCAAGGAUACCCCGCUGAGCAGAGGGAUACGUACGUCCAGGCCGCAGACCAGCUCCGUGUCCCAUACUGGGACUGGUCUCUGGAACCUCAUGUGCCCCAGGCUACCGUUCCCCAGAUGGUGACCAUCAACAAGGCUUCUAGCGGUAGUGUCGCCCAGACCAAGGUUAACAACCCUCUGUACGCCUUCAGCUACCCCAAGAAAGCCCUUGAUGGUGUCUAUGGCCUGUUUGACCGCACAAGACUGGAUCUCCCUAUUCGAUGCCCUGCGCCCAACAGCUACCCAUUCAGUGCGAGCCGCAACAUUGCCAGCCGCCCAUACAAGGAGUGGACUUACGACAUCUUUACCCGAUCCAGUAACUUCAACGAGUUUGCCACUACCUCUAGCUCUGGCAUGAGUCUUGAGUCUAUCCACAACUCCGUUCACUGGGAUGCUGGAUGUGGUGGCCAAUUCUUGAACGCCGAGUACUCCGCCUUCGAGCCUCUCUUCAUGCUGCACCACGCCAACGUCGACAGACUCUGGGCUUACUGGCAAGCUCUCCGACCCGACUCAACCACCUUUGACUACCAGUACGCCGGUCUCCCCCGUUUCUCCUCUCCUGGUGGAAGCAUAAUUUCCGUCAACUCUCCGCUUCAGCCCUUUAUGCAACCUGACGGCUCAUGGCAUACCUCCAAGUCGGUCGACUCUAUCCGCACCUUCGGAUACACCUACGAAGGUCUCGAGUACUGGAAGAAGUCAACCGAAGACAUGAAGCGCGACACUGCUCAGAUCAUCAACAACCUCUACGGCCCCAAGUCUCAAAACUCCAAGAAGCCCACUGCCACUCCUUCGGCCACCAAGACUCCCUCUUCGACUACUAAGAUUCCAUCUUCGGCCAAGGGAACCAGCUCUGCCGCCACUGCCAGCCCCUCAUCUGUUGAUAGCAAGGCACCAUCUUCUGUUAGCAACACGCCUUCUUCUGUUAGCAAGACACCUUCUUCGGUUGACAACACACCAUCUCCUGUCGAUACCAAGACUCCUUCUUCCACCGACGACAACACACCUCCUUCCAAUGACAAUAAUACUCCCACCGUCGACCAAGAUACUGUCCGUUUCUUUGCCAACAUUAGCAUCGACGUCACGCAGCUUCCUGAGAGACCCUGCGCUAUUGGCAUUUUCGUUGGUGGAAGAUCUGCCGGCAGCAUGGUCAUCAUGAAGCAGCCAUCUGAAGGUAUUCUUCACGAUGGCUUCCCCCUGGAUCACGCCAUCCGAACUUCCGGUCUCAACCGUGGCAUUUCCGUCGACGAGAUCCUGGCCAAGGUCAAGGCUAACCUGAAGGUCGUCAUUUCCAGGGUUGAUGGAACUACCAUCAGCAGCGACAAGGUCCCCAGUCUGAAGGUUGACUUGGAACAAAGCCGAGUCACUCCCGCGACUAGCGAAUUCGACUUGCCUACACACUCUCAGACUGAGCUUGUCUCUGGCUUCAAGGGCGGUGUUGUCGGCUGCCCUGCUCCUGUUCGCAAGCAGUAAGGAAUAGGUUUCGACGUAAGCGGAGAGGAUGCCAACUUGAAUAAAGCGGUACCAAAUAUCAUUCAUUUACGGACUCAUACAGUCUUGCUUAAUUUUUCCUGUUUAUAGAUAGAUAGUUACUCGUUUGCCGCGUCUGCUGUAUAUAUAUCCCAUUUAGCGAUUUGUCAAUUUAGCAACAUACCCAGCCAGGAGUAUGCAAACCCCUCCAUUGAAUCGUGCAACGACUUACCGUAC